AGGGCGAGCUGUGGCGGCGCUGCUCGGCGCCGGCUUCUCCUCCUCCGCCCCGCCAGAGGGCGGCCCUGCGGCGGCGGGCAGGGCCGUGCCGUGCCGUGCCGGGCCGCGAGGGAGCGGGCGGCGGCCAUGGCCGUGCUGCUGGAGACCACGGUGGGCGACCUGGUCAUCGACCUCUACACGGAGGAGCGGCCCCGCGCUUGUCUGAAUUUUCUGAAGCUCUGCAAAAUCAAGUACUACAACUAUUGUCUUAUUUACAAUGUACAGAGGGACUUUAUUAUACAAACUGGUGACCCCAUGGGAACCGGCCGUGGAGGCGAGUCUGUAUUUUGUCAACUGUAUGGUGAUCAAGCCAGAUUUUUUGAAGCAGAAAAAGUGCCGAGAAUUAAGCACAAGAAAAAAGGAACCGUGUCAAUGGUGAACAAUGGCAGUGAUCAGCAUGGAUCACAGUUUCUUAUUACAACAGGGGAAAACCUGGAUUACCUCGAUGGUGUGCAUACAGUAUUUGGAGAAGUGACUGAAGGCAUGGAUGUAUUGAAGACAAUUAAUGAAACCUUUGUGGAUAAGGAUUUUAUCCCAUAUCAAGAUAUCAGGAUUAAUCAUACAGUAAUUUUAGAUGAUCCCUUUGAUGAUCCACCUGGCUUGUCUAUUCCUGAUCGCUCACCAGAACCUACUAAGGAACAGCUAGAUAGUGGCAGAAUAGGAGCAGAUGAAGAAAUUGAUGACUUGAAAGGACGGUCUGCAGAUGAAAUAGAAGAAGUUCAGGCAGAAAAAGAAGCGAAAACUCGUGCCAUUCUUCUGGAGAUGGUGGGAGACUUACCAGAUGCAGAAGUCAAGCCACCAGAAAAUGUGCUGUUUGUUUGUAAACUGAAUCCCGUGACCACGGAUGAAGACCUAGAGAUAAUAUUUUCACGAUUUGGUCCGAUUAAAAGCUGUGAAGUGAUUCGAGACUGGAAGACUGGUGAAUCUCUUUGUUACGCUUUCAUUGAAUUUGAGAAGGAAGAAGACUGUGAGAAAGCCUAUUUCAAAAUGGACAACGUGCUGAUAGAUGACAGACGGAUACAUGUGGAUUUUAGCCAAUCUGUUGCAAAGAUUAAGUGGAAAGGAAAAGGUGGGCAGUAUACCAAGGAUGAUUUCAAAGAAUAUGAAAAGGAACGUGACAGGCCUUCAAAAUUUGCUCUGAAAGAGAAGGUAAAACCAAAGCAGGAUGCCAAGUACGACCUUGUGCUAGAGGAGGAAGAAGAAGAGUCUCAAACAAGUCAGUCGCACCUGGCUAAAAAACAAAAGAAGAAAAAGCAUCACCACUCUGAAGAUGAAGAGGAUGACAAGUGGACCAAAAAACACAAGGAUUCUGAUCGGAAACAUGAAGGAGAGCGCUACAGAGAGAAGACAAAGAGUGAGAAGAAAGACAGGCAUCGGAGCCGCAGCCGAUCUCAGGAAAGAGGCUCCAGUUACAGCAAGCAUAAAGACAAACACAGAGAAGAUGUCCGAGUAAGAGACUGGGAUAAAAAGGCAGACAGAAGCAGAAGUCCAAAGAAAUCAAAAGACAAAGAGAGGUCCAAGUACAGAUGAUGGAGGAGAAAAAGAGAAGGGAACUAAAACUGUUUUCUUCCUGCAUUUCCAGCAUUGCUGCCAUAUGACUGUGCAGGUACUGGUUGAAAGCAGCUAUGUUCUGUCGGUGGUUUGGCCUUAUGAUUCUGUGAAUUCCCGGUGUAUGACUUGGAGUAAGGCUGGAUUCCCAAAAGCUUGUUUCAAUAAAGUAUUUCACAUUAGUGGAA